ACAGGAAAAAUAAAAUAAAAAUAAAUAAAUCUUUCAAAAAAAAAAUAUAGGUAAAAAAGGAUACGAUUUUUUUUGCCUGAUUUGAAUCGUAUUAUGAAAAAAGCGCGUUUUAAACCUUUUUAUGAAAACGGCGGGGAUUUUUUUCCGACCUUUUUAAAAAAAUCUCCUUUUAAAACUGUUUCCAGCGACUUUUUGAAAACAUCGCCUAUUAAACGGCGAUUUGAAAAUACCGUACAGAUAGUUUUAUUUGCACUAUAAAUAUGUAUUAAUUUUUAUUAAUACAUGAUGGUAUUUUCAAAAGAAUGAUAUCAUGUAUUUAAAUAUAUAUUAAUUGUUAUUAUUAAUACAUAAUGAUAUUUUCAAAAGCAUGUUAGCAUGUGAAUAUUUUGUGAGGAGAAGAUGCAUCGUGUAAGAAGGAGAACAAAUAAACAGAAAUAUUUUGCUUUUCAUCAAUGAAUGCUAAUCCUUUUAUCUAUAUUUCUUAAAAGUAGAUAAGUUAAGUAGUUAUAUAUAUCUUCUUCUGUUUAGUUUCCUUUUAUCUAUAUUUCUUAAAAGUAGAUAAGUUAAGUAGUUAUAUAUAUCUUCUUCUGUUUAGUUUUUCUCUAUCUCCUUCCUAUAAUCAAGGAGCUGUACAUAUCUUUUUUUUGUUUUUUCCUAUUUCUAUCUCAAGACUCCUCCUUAUAAUAUAAUGUAUUUCUUAAAAGUAUUUCUUAAAAGUAGAUAAGUUAAGUAGUUAUAUAUAUUGUCUUCUUUUUUGUUUUUUCCUAUCUCCUUCCUAUAAUCAAGGAGUUAUAUCUAUAUAUUUUUUUGUUUUUUCCUAUUUCUAUCUCAAGACUCCUUCCUGUAAUAUAAUUUGACGUGGAGUACAAGACAGAUAGGGGUUAGCGCCGAAGAACCUAUAUAAGUUUCCAAGGAUCUCUGGUUUUAAACAGAGAAGCAGGUUCAGAGAUUAGAGAGAGAAGUUGGAUCAGAGUUUCUCUUUCACAGAAAAGAGAGAGAGUUUCUUUGAUUAGAGUGAUUAUUAAGUAGAGAGAGAAGUAUUGAUUAGAGAGAUUAUUAAGUAGAGAUAGUACUCUUAAGUUUCAAGAAGAUGACCAAAGAUACGACGAUGACGGAAGCGAAGAAGAUGAUCCUCUUGAAAAGUAGUGAGGGCCAGAUAUUUGAAUUGGCAGAAGCGUCUGCCAUACAAUGUGAAACUAUCAAGAACAUGAUAGAGGGUGGGUGCAUCCCUGGUGAGAAGGGUAUCCCACUCCCUAAUGUUUCGAGCAAGACUCUUUUGAAGGUUAUCGAGUACCUCAAUCACCAUGUGCAUGACGACAAGGAAAAGGGGAAGGAUGGAGAGGAAGAAGAGAAGAAGGUUCAGUUUGAGCUCACAAAGUGGGAUGAGCAGUUUUUAAUGAUUGAUAUGCAAAUCCUCUUCGAUAUCAUUCUGGCGGCAAAUUACCUGAACAUAAAGGAUUUGCUUGACAAGACUUCCUUCACUAUCGCGGAUCGCAUGAAGGAUUGGACUGUUGAAGAGGUCCGAAAGACUUUUGGAAUUGAAAAUGAUUUUUCACCUGAAGAAGAGGCUCAAGUGAGAAGGGAGAACCAGUGGGCUUUUGAAUGAGCCCCCUCUCUUCUUUCUUUUGUUUUAGGACACCAAAAUUUUUUGUUUUAGAACCAUUAGUUAAUACAACUAAUUGAUGGAUUUUGGUAAUUAGUUUCACCAUCAUUAUUAAUUAAUUGAUGGAUUUUGGUAAUUGGUAUCACCACCAUGAGUCCAUGAGUCUUGAUUUUUUGGUGAUUUGGGUGUGCAAGCAUGGUUGGAUUAGUGUCAGGGCUUGAGUUGCAUAUUUGUAAAGGUGUUUGCCUCGCUUAUUAUUUAGAAAUUAUUUAGAAAGAUCUCAUUUA